AUGACGGACACGGAGGCGCAAACCUCCAUGACGAUGAUCGACGAGGUCUACGAAUUCUCGGCUCCGCGAUUCUUCGAUUUUAUGAAGGAGGAGAGCGACGCCGACAAGAACAAGGCCGAGCUCUGGUUCGACUCCGCUCGCCCCUACGCCCCUUCCCCUUUCAUGCCUAGAAUCAAGACUGGCAGAUCUUUUACAGUGGAGAGCAUGUGCGAUUUUACUGAAGCAGAACAUAUGCAGAAGAACCUUGAAUCAUCCUCUGAUUUAAAAGCUGCUGAUGAAACUAAGGCUGACUUGAAGAUCACUCCUGAAUUGAAGGAAGAAACAAUUCCCAGGGAGGCUAAAGAUGAAAACAGUGCAAGACAAGCCAUUACGAUUUCUGCUGAUAAAGUAGAGGACAAAUGCAUGAAAGAUGAUGGAAGUGUUCUGGCUGCUGCAGUAUCUUUCAAUAAGAGAACUGAUAUAACUAAUGAGAAGGAGAACAGUAAUUCCAUAGCUAGUACUCCAAAGCCACCCAUGAAAUGUUCCAAGAAGGGAGCCAUUACGAUUUCUGCUGAUAAAGUAGAGGACAAAUGCAUGAAAGAUGAUGGAAGUGUUCUGGCUGCUGCAGUAUCUUUCAAUAAGAGAACUGAUAUAACUAAUGAGAAGGAGAACAGUAAUUCCAUAGCUAGUACUCCAAAGCCACCCAUGAAAUGUUCCAAGAAGGGAGAUCUUCAAAGUGAUUCCAAAAACCACCAGACAGCUAAAAAGAUAUCAAGUAUGGUCAGAAACCCAUCAGGGCUAAGGGGAAAAAGUCACUUGCACUCUUCACAAACUAAACCGUAUACUAUGAAAAGAGAAGAGAAUGUGAAAAAAGCAACUGGCACAUCCUUGUUAGCUCAGGAGAAUCAGGCAAUUAAGCGGCAGAAGUUGGAUGCUGGAAGAUCUAGACAGAUUCUUAAUCCCAAACCCCAAACAUUGCUCCACAAGUCAAAACUGGGUCAUACCAGUGCCACACAUUUUUCAACUGCUAUUAAAACUCAAAAAGAGGACAGGAUUGUGUACGUUCGGGAACCCGCAGCACCAUUUGUUUCAAUGGCAGAAAUGAUGAACAAGUUCCAAUCAAGUACCAGAGACUUGUUUAUUCAGAUGAAGCCUAAACUCACCUUAACAAGACCAAAGGAGCCAGAAUUUGAGACAUCACAGCGUGUGCGCUCAGUUAGAGUGAAGAGUACUGCUGAGCUGGAAGAAGAGAUGAUGGCCAAAAUUCCAAAGUUUAAGGCUCGUCCAGUAAACAAAAAGAUUCUUGAAGCACCAUCAUUACCUGCAAUGUCAAGAAGUACCCCACAGCCACCUGCAUUUCAGGAAUUCCAUUUAGAGACUAUGGCAAGGGCUAACCACAAUGCAGAAACAGCCUCAGUAGCUUCAAUGGAUGUAUCACGACGACAGAAUAAACAAACAAAGCCCUAUCAUCUUACUGAACCUAAAACUCCUUUGCUACAUACAUCAUUGAGGGCCCGUCCACCUAGAGUGAAAACUUCUUCGGAAAUUGAGCAGGAAGAAAUUGAAAAAAUCCCAAAAUUCAAGGCAAGGCCUUUGAAUAAGAAGAUAUUUGAAAGUAAAGGAGAUCUGGGGAUGUUCUGCAAUGCCAAGAAACAUGUGACUGUUCCUCAGGAAUUUCACUUUGCAACAAAUGAAAGAAUACCACCACCACCACCACCACCACCUUCAGCCAUUCAUGAUCUAUUUGAUAAGUUGUCUUUGAACUCGGAGCCCCAACAGAAUCCAAUUCCAAGAAACACAAUGCCAAAUCCAUUUCAUCUCCAUACAGAGGAAAGAGGGGCUGAGAAGGAAAAGAAAUUUAUUACCGAAGUUAUGCAGAAGCAAAUGGAAGAAGAAAGAGCUAGAGUUCCCAAAGCGAAUCCAUAUCCAUAUACUACUGACUACCCAGUGAUCCCACCAAAGCCAGAGCCCAAGGAAUGUACAAAGCCGGAACCUUUCCUGCUAGAAAGCUUAGUGAGGCAUGAGGAAGAAAUACAAAGGGAAAUGGAAGAAAGACGGAGGAUGGAGAUGGAAGAAGCCCAGUCAAGGGUUUUCAAGGCACAACCAAUCUUAAAAGAGGACCCAAUUCCAGUUCCAGAGAAAGUCCGUAAGCCUCUAACACAAGUUCAGGAGUUCAAUCUGAAUGUUGAUAAUCGGGCAGUGCAAAGAGCAGAAUUUGAUUACAAGGUUAAGGAGAAAGAGAUGAUAUAUAAGAGAUAUAGAGAAGAAAGUGAAGCAGCAAGGAUGUUAGAGGAAGAGAAAUCAUUGAAACAUAUGAGAAGGACGAUGGUACCUCAUGCAAGACCGGUGCCUAAUUUUGAGCAUCCAUUUUGCCCCCAAAAGUGUCCAAGGGAAACAACAAAAGCAAAGUCCCCGAAUCUGCGAGUCCUACAGCGGCAAGAAAGGCGAAGGAUGAUGCUCAAAUCCGCCACUUCCAGCGCUGCUGCACACAUGAGAUGAGAUGAUUAGUGCAGGAUUGUUUGUUCAAGAACCUUUGAACCCUGUACAAGGAGUUCAUAGUUGUAGUCUUCAUUAAUGCCAACUGAACAAUCUUACUGUAAAGUUUAAGUUGGAAUGAACAAUCAACUGAAUGUAAUUCUUUGAAUAGUUCUCAC